ACCGAGUACAUUUGUAUAUAAUCUGUUACCUGUGUAUUGUGCUGUGCGAAGUGUCAUUCUGUUGGGAAGAAUAUAUUUAAAAAUUUGUUAAUCAUUAUUUUGAACUCAUGUUAGCGACGUUAAAAAAGGCAUUAAAAUGGAAUUCAACAAAAUCUCCUUCAGAAAACAAAGACACCCAAAAAUCCCUCUUAUUCGCAGCUUUUAUUGGCUUACUUGAAGAUGUCUUAUUUUGGAGAAAAAUGUGGAUGUCUUUGUCUUUUAUGUUCAUUCUAAAUAUAAUAUUCUUUGUAAGUGUUCAUCAACAAGUGAACCUUUUAGAGUUUUUUUUGGGUUCCUGUACUGCAGCAGUAGCUAUUGAUGCAUUCGAAAGUUGGUUGAAACACAAACACAGAACUUCAUGCCUCAAACGGUUAGGUGGCCAUGGAAAUCAACUAUAUUCAGUAGGAAUGCAGAUCAAACUAUGGUUUCGAAACAGAUGGAAUGACUUUUUGUAUUUAAGAGAAACCAAUCACACUAAAGCUUUCCUAUUAAUCAACAUGAACUUGAUAUUGGUUUUUCUCACUGGCAAAUAUAUUAGUGGCUAUGUUCUAACAUACCUAUUGCUCAUGUUUAUAUGUGUUUUCUACAAGUUGAUAUUACCCUUAUUAAAAUUAUGUAAAAAUAUGAAGCAAGACUUAGAAUCUGACUGUGAAUUGGAAGGUUUUAUUCCAGACAUAUCUGAAGUUGAUAUUAACUUAUUAUCUAUUGAACCUGACCCAGUCCCAAAUAUGGAUGAAAAACAAAUUUAUGAUUACUGGAAACCUGUUGAUGUUCCCCUGGCUGAGUGCAGUGACAGCUCUGAAAAUAGCAGCUCAUUAGUUACAAAUUUUUCAAUAGAAAAACUCCAAACCCUUGAAAAGGAUGUUGAUUCUUCAGAUACCAGUGAAGAUGAAUAUAUACCUCUAGAUCAACAAAAGCCACAAGCCAAAGUGCAGUCAACUUUACAAGUGGUAAAACCAGCAAGUACCUGGAGCAGCUCUGCAUAUAAUGCAUUCUGGAAUAUUACAGGAGCUGUGGCAAACAUGAUCCAAACAGAAUCCAGUGAGACUAAAAGGAAUCGAUUAUCCAGUAUAGACUCAUCUGAUGGUUUUGAAAUGAUUGACCAAAAUGAUUUAACUUAACUAAUUUAAUUUUAACAGGGAAAAUAACCAUUUUCAUAAGCAGUUAUUUAUUUAAGUUUAUGUUGAAAUCUUAAUUAUAAUUCAAACAUUACAGGACAUAUUUUCUAACUUAGACAUCAUUUCUUGAUGUUGUCUUUUUAAAGCCUUCAAACGUACUGUAUUGAGUGUGUUUCUUGCUACAAGACCUUCUAGCAUAGGCCUGGACAUCUGAAAAAAAUAAUAGAAUUUAGUGUUUUAAUGUGUCCACUACUUCCCGUGACUGCAUAAAAAAUAGCCUAUGUCUUUCUUUGUUACAUCAGCUAUUUGCCAGUGAAAAUUACCUCAAAAUCUGUCCAGCAAUUUGAAAGAUUUACUGGCACAAACAGACAAAAAUUACCAACAUCUUUCAGUAUGUGACACAGCCAACAAGUUGAAAUAGCUGACUUGUUGACCGCAAUGUUCACACUAUAUGAAGACUAGUAAUAGAAAGGAGCUGAAAAAGACUACACUGUAAUCGCUCAAUUAUUUAAUUAGAAAUCUAUACAAGCGAUUGGUUGGCUAUUUUAACCAGUUGGCUGAAACAUAUCUAGCACUCCACUUUUUAUAUAUAUUUGUAGAGUAGUUUUGAGUCAUCUUGAAAAUUGUGAUUAUAUUUAUUGUUUUGUUUAUUUACACAACCAUAAAUAUUUUUUGAGUGUUGAUUAUUGCUGCAUUAAUGUAAACUAAAAAUCUUAACAUUAUAUAAACAAAGACAGCCCCUUCUAGGUGUAGGUCCUCUCUAUUUUUAAUAUUAUUUUCUUGUAUACAGUCUUUGAUAGUUUAAUCAGUAUGUACAUAAAUUAUCAUUAUUGUAUCACCAUUACCUUGUCCACUAUGUGCCCAAUUGCAAUAGUUCUAACUGCUGCAUUAUGUUGUUUGUUUAUUAUAUCAUCGUUUUCAUUGGGUCCAGCUUCAUUAUUGUAUGAUUCAUCUUCUUCCUCUUUUAAUAUGGCAGGUAAUUGAGUUAAAGUCUAAAAAACAAUUGACAUUACCAAAGAUUCUAAACAUGUAUUGUAAAAGCCUAGAAUGUUAUUCCCAACUUUUCCUGAAGUAUUGUUGAAGUGAAUUAUUUUAAUAAUAUGUGCUUAAGGGUGAUUGUUGUCUUUAACAUUCAAAAGUAAUCAUGAUCUGUUCACUUACCUCAAAAUUGUUUAACAAUAAAGAGUCAUUACUAUUGA